GUGGGAUGGGUCGCUUGUUGGUGUAUUUUGGGGCAAGAGGAUGGUCGUUUUCUCGCUCAAGGAUUGUUCGUAGCCCUUCCCAACGCUCAUUCCACUUCCUCCCUCGCUCCUCCUCCGCUUGUCAAGGCUUCAAAAUGAUGUCGACGGCCGCUAUACCUGCUGUUACGGAAAAGACGUCGCAGUCAACCAAGGCAGCGAAUGGGGCCGCUUUGACAAAGGAAAAUGAAAAGGCCGCUUUUGAAAGUGUUUUCGACGUAUUGGUGGAGGAUGUUGUAAAAGAGUUGGAUGUGUAUAGAGUGCCACCAGAGGGCAAGGAACAUAUUCGCAAGAUGUUGAAUUACACAGUUGCUGGUGGCAAGAUGAACCGAGGCUUAACUGUGCCUUCUGCACUUCGGUCGCUGUUGAAGCGGGACCUCACGAGCGACGAGUUAUUAAAAGCUCAAGUGCUAGGAUGGUGCAUCGAGUGGCUACAGGCAUUCUUCCUCAUUUCAGAUGAUAUCAUGGAUGCGUCCGUAACCCGGCGCGGACAACCCUGCUGGUACCGACAGGAAUCAGUUGGGAUGAUUGCGAUCAACGACGCGUUCAUAUGCGAAUCUGUCAUUUACCGCUUCCUCAAAAAGUACUUUCGCACCGCACCCUACUAUCUAGACCUGAUUGAACUAUUCCACGAGGUGACCUACCAGACCGAGUUGGGACAAAUGAUGGAUCUGUUAACUGCUCCCGAGGGAGACGUGGAUCUCAAUCGAUUCUCGAUUACAAAGCACGCCUACAUUGUCGAAUACAAGACCGCUUACUAUUCCUUCUACUUGCCUAUCGCUCUCGCCAUGCGAAUGGCCAGCAUAACCGAUGAAGCAGCAUACGAGCAGGCCAAGGCUGUGUUGCUCCCACUGGGAGAAUACUUUCAGGUCCAGGAUGACUACCUGGACUGUUAUGGGUCACCCGAGGUCAUUGGAAAGAUUGGGACGGAUAUUGAGGAUAACAAGUGCGGAUGGUUGAUUGUACAAGCUCUUGAUCGGGCGAACCCUGAGCAGCGAAAGCUACUAGAGGAAAACUAUGGACGAAAAUCACCCGAAUCCGUCCAGGUUGUGAAGUCUGUUUACAAAGAUCUCCGCAUUGCAGACAUAUAUCAUCAAUACGAGGAAGAAAGUUAUGAGCGAAUCACAGCACUGAUCAAUAAGGUUGAUGAGCGACUAUUGCCUAGAGAUAUGUUUGUUGCGUUUAUGAACAGGAUUUACAAGCGCAAGGCGUAAUCGUAUUUAUAUUACGCACAGCACUUGCGAUUGUUAGCCGCCAGCUAUGGCGUACAGCAAUUUAGAACCCCACGUAUCUAUUCAACUCAAGUUUCUACGGGAUUUAUUUAGGCGGAAUACAAAGUCUGGCCGGCUGCGAGCAUCUACAUUAAAUUAAUCGACGCCGUCCGUGCACUGUGUCACUCGUCCAUUUUACGGGCCCACUAAGUGCUGACCGCUAUAGUCCCAGAACAUAUGCUAAACCGUACGCAAAACCAGCUAUCACUGCAGCA